CACCUGGAUAACAAUCUUGCCGCGAUGUGGUGGCUUUAGUGUUGGCUGUGGUUCUUUUGCAUUGCAAAUACACUCGGCAUAAGCCCUUUGUAUUUGGAAGACACUGAACUCAAAAGCCUUCAUGACCAAAGGUUAUCCCUCCUAUCCUCAAUUCCCAAUUUUCCUAUAAACAAUCCCGUCUCCUCCCCAUCCCCAUCCCCCACUUGUAAGGUUAAGGUGGUUGGUAGCAGUGCCGAGAAUCUGAAUGGCUAAUCAGUGGUUAAAGAAGAUUAGUCGCUAACAGCUCCCCUCCGGUGCCACGACACGGGCCGGUUGUAAAUCCUAGUCUAGUCCAUGUACGCCGUCACUGCAUGGAUCGUCUCUUCCCUUACGUGCCUACUCGUGGGACCAACAUAUGGAAACUAACACAGAAAAAAAACGAAAACAAAAACAACGAAGAAAGGAUGAGAUUGGAUCCUCAUCCGAGGACGAACUUCUCGCCUCUAGUCAAGAGACGGUAGUGAGUCCUUCAGGUAGUGGGAAUGAAAGACAUAGCACUCUCCUACCCUCAAAAAGCCCGACAAAUACUCCUCAAUCCGACGCCAAGGCUGGCGACAAUUCGAGGAAAAAAAGGCCAAAAAGGAAAAGUCAGAAAGACAUCCUCAAAGCUAGAUAUACCAAGGCUGUUUUCAUUCUCGACAAGAUUGCCAAGAAUGCUGCUAAUGGUACACCUCAUGAACGCGAUGAAGAUGAUCGCGUCAAAUAUCAAGCUGUGGUGGAUGAGUACCAAAAGUUUUUGGAGACCGCACCCAGCACAUCCAAAAUGGCUGCUGAAACCGAAAGGUCCAAGCGAAACCGCUCACAGGUUGAGGAUGGUAAAUCGCCAAAAAGGAGGAAGGUAAUAGAAGGCAAAACCACUCCGGGACCUGUAGCCAUCACGACAACUGCCAGAAGACCAUUUAACGAAGUGGUGAAGGACCACCUCCUAAUGGCUCUGGUUACUGAAAAAGAUGGGGCCAUCAACCCUGUAGUAACAGAAUGGGGUACCAUUGAGUCUAAAUUAACUGAGCUCGUUAUGGAACACUUGCUCACUAACAAAGACGACAAGGUACCCCGUUUUGACUCCAGUGAGAUUCACCGGGGAUACAGGGUGAUCAAAUGCCUGGACGAAUUCUCAAAGGGGUUCCUCAACAAAUGCAUCACUAAGAUUAGAGAUGCAUGGGUAGGUUUAAGCCUUAAACUAAUCCCUGCUGAGGAAAUUCCAAUGAGACCUCGUGCAAGAGUUUGGUUACCAAAGAUGAGCGCCGAAGCACCCAAGAUGUUGGAAUGCCUCAAACGGCAGAAUCCCAACAUACACAUGAAUGACUGGGCUAUCAUCCGCACAGAACAAGGCGAAGGGCACACAUGUCUAAUUCUCGCCAUCACAGAAGCUGGCUCCGUUGAGCUGGAGAAGGUGGGCUUUAGGCUGUUCUUUGGGGUGAGGGGCGCCAAAGUAAAGGUGUUCCGGCCGACAAAAUCGGGGAGUGAAGAGACGGAUGAGAUGGAAGCUGCCAACUCUCUGCUCACUGGCAUGAAACUCUCCGAGCCACCUAUUAAACCUGACAAUGGCACUAAAGAUAGUGCAAAUUAAUCUGAAGCACUCAAAGUGUGCUUCAGACAAUCUACGGGUUCUCCUAGCCGAGGAAAACCUGGACAUUUGCCUGGUUCAAGAACCCUGGGUCACGGACUCAGAAGUUAAAGGGUUCCCAGCAUCUACAUACAACAUACUAUAUGCAAGAAGUAAUGCUUAGCUCAGAAGACCUAACAGUCGCAAAGGUCGAGCUACCGCACAACAGAAGCUUCAUGAUUGCCUCAAGCUAUAUGGCACACGAGAAGACAGCACCACCAGACGAAGUGAGCGAUCUCCUGGCCGUAAUUGAGACAUCUGACGACAUAAUCCUAGGCUGUGAUGCCAAUGCAAGGCAUACAAUCUGGGGUAGCAGCGAAACUAAUGAAAGGGGUGAGUCAAUCUUCAAUUUCAUUAAUACUAACAACCUAAACAUAUGUAACUCUGGCAACAAACCUACUUUCAUUUUUCCAAGUACGGAUAAUUAUAAUGGGUGGGAGGAAGUACUGGACAUUACACUCAUUAGCGACAGAUCUAAAAUAUCAGUUGAUAGGUGGAGGGUAUCCAAUGAAAAAUCUUUUUCAGAUCACAAUUGGAUCCUCUUCGAUAUUAUAUUACAAAACUCGACGGAAAAAAUGGUCUAUAGGAACCCAAGAAGAACCGAUUGGUUCAAAUAUAAAGGGAUCCUUAGACAUAAGCUCAAGAAAACUCCAGUGGUUGAUGAUUCAAUCACUGGGCUUGAAAAGAUAGAAGAACACUUUAGCAAAGUCUUAGGUAAGGCUUUCGAAGUCUCCUGUCCAAUCACAAAGGCAAAGAAAAGCUUCCCUCCAUGGUGGAAUUCGGAACUAUCUAAGCUACGUAAGGAAACACGUAGGGCCUUUAACACAUGCUACAACAAUAAAUCGUGGCAGCCAUACCGCGACAAACUAAAAGUUUAUAAGAAAGCUAUAGCACUCGCAAAAAGAACCUCAUGGAGAAGUUUCUGCGAAUCUAUAGAUAACACAAAGGAUUCUGCUAGACUUAGCAAAAUUCUUGCUAAAGGCCAAUCUAAUCCAACCUAUAUUAAGAGGAAGGACGACACUUGGUCAGAAUCCUCGGCAGAAUCUCUUGACAUCCUACUGAAUACUCACUUCCCUGGCUGCAAAGAUGCUGU